AUGGUUAAAAGAAACAGGGGCGUUCUUGUGAGAUUAGUGGACGCUAUAGUAUUCUGCGGAUAGCAAAAUCUCCCCUUAAAGGGACAUAGGGACGAAGAAGGUAAAGGGAAUUUUAUUGCUCUUCUUCACCACCAGGCUAAGACUGAUGCACUUCUGAAAACCCAUCUGGAUAAUGGGGAUCCGAACACAAAAUACACAUCACCUACUAUUCAAAAUGAAUUAAUUGAUUUGUGUGGGAAAUUUAUCAGAGAUAAGCUUGUGGAAAGAUGCAAUUCAAGUGGCAUGUUUUCUCUCAUAGCAGACGAGGCGACCGAUGCUGCAACGAUGGAACAAAUGUCUUUAUGUGUCAGAUACGUCUGCAAUGAUGAAGUACAGGAAGAUUUCUUGGGGUUUGCUGAAUGUUCAAGUACUACAGGAGAAUAUCUAGCAAAUGCGUUUCUUGAAAAUUUAGUCAGAAUAGGUGUACAAACAGCACAGAUGGUUGGUCAGGGAUACGAUGGUGCUGGAAACAUGUCUGGGAAGAGAAAAGGCGUACAAGCAAGAAUACAACAACAGAUCCCUAAUGCUGUGUACACACACUGUAAGGCACACUGUCUGAACCUCGCCAUCGUGCACGCGUGCAGCGAAACGUUCGUUAAGAAUAUGAUGGGAACAGUACAAACUGUGGCAUUUGCUUUCAAUUACUCUGCAAAGAGGCUAUUGAAAUAUCAGAUUCAGAAGAAAGCCAUACACACAACCGAUAUACUGCGUCUGUAUGAAGCAUAUAGAGGUUGUCUAGGGGGUACGGAUGAAGCUACCUUUACCAGGGAAGUGAGAAAGUGGGUUACAUGGUGGACAGAUGGAGAACUUGCGUUUGACCAAUUUCAAGUUCCUUUGCAUAAAUUAUUCCAUGUAACACUAACAGCCAAAGAGACCCGGCACAGUGUUUGGAUAGUGUAA